GAGAAAAAAUCGAAAUAUCUCAGAAAUUAAAAAAAGAAAAAACUUUUGUGAGAGAUUCACACCAGAAAGAAGAAAAAAAUGGAAGUUGUCGGCAGCAAUUGUCUCCCGUUAUUCUCUCCGGCGGUGGUCGCAGUGGCACCACCACUUGGAACGGCUCCUCUGAUUUUGUUUUCUUCCCCAAAGCAAAAGAAUUUAGCAUCUCUGUGUAAUUCCAUAAAAGCCCCAAAAAAAUUCUCGAGUGAAAAUUUGGGACAAGGGUUUGCUGUUAGAAGCUCAAAGAGGUCAACGGAUGAUUACAAUUUAGCAAUGAAGAAGAUGAUGAGGAACCCUUACGAAUAUCAUCAUGAUCUCGGGAUGAACUAUACAUUGAUAACCGAAAAUCUGAUAGUCGGCUCACAGCCUCAGAAAGCCGAAGAUAUCGAUCAUCUAAAAGAGGAACAGAAUGUGGGGUAUAUUCUCAACUUGCAGCAGGAUAAAGAUGUCGAUUAUUGGGGAAUCGAUCUCAAAUCAAUCGUAAAUAGAUGCAGAGAACUCGGUAUUCAUCACAUGAGAAGGCCUGCAAAAGAUUUCGAUCCAGAUUCCUUAAGAAGAGGAUUACCGAAAGCAGUUUCUUCGUUAGAAUGGGCGAUUUCAGAGGGCAAUGGAAGAGUGUAUGUUCACUGCACUGCUGGUUUAGGACGGGCGCCAGCUGUCGCAAUUGCUUACAUGUUCUGGUUCUGCAAUAUGGAUCUCGGUACUGCGUAUAGCACACUGACUUCGGUGAGACCGUGUGGGCCCAACAGAAAAGCUAUUCGUGGAGCGACCUACGAUUUAGCUAAAAACGAGCCUUGGAAGGAGCCUUUUGAAAACUUACCUGAAAAUGCUUUCGAGGAUAUUGCAGGGUGGGAAAGAAGUCUCAUCCAGGAUCGUGUUCGUGCUCUUCGUGAGACUUCAAGGAAUCUCUGAUAAGUUCGAUGCCUGAUCCAAUUUCUUUUACGGAGGAUGUGAAUUUGGAUACAAAAAGCACCGAUUUCAUUGGUGCGACAAUAAAUUAUUAGUUUUAUGGUAUGCCCUUGUUUCCGAAAGUAGUAAAAUUUUAUGGUACAAAAUCAAGAAAAAA